UCUUCGUGCCUGGCUAAAAUAUCCAGCAUGAAAGCUCUGCAAGCGAGCUGCGGUCUGGAGGAUGGGAGCCCAUCCAGCUUGGAGGAAGUCAGGGAGGAAUAUGUCAGGAGGCAAUUCGGAAGUCCCAGCACUACAUCAGCCUCAGAAGAUAUGAGUGAAAGUGACUCUGCCAUCUGGUAUUUGCUUCAAGAAUGUGAAAAACAAACACUGGAAGAAUAUGGGAAGCCAGAACUGACCCAGUUUUCAGACACUUUAUCCCCAGAUCUAGUGGAAUUUGAACGAUACCUGUAUUUUUAUAAGCACACAGUGGACCUGCUGAUAGAGCAUGGAGUUAUUUGCACUGGAGAGGUGCCUCUUCCUGAGGUCUCCACAGCUAUUUCCCAUCUCUGGCAAGAGCUUUCUGAAGAGAGCAGGGACAGCAUCUUGCAGUACUGUAGCCAGAGAGAUUUCCUCAUGGAUCCCAAGGCUGCUUGCCCAGAGCCUGCUUGCACUGAAGGUAGUGUGAGGGACAGCGGAGGUAACAGUGAGGAAGCCAGUGGUUCCUCAGUCUCCACACCAGAGGAAGUGAUGUUUGAAGAUGCAUUUGACGUUGCUGCUGGUUUCCUUGACAGAAGCAAGGCUCAGGGAAUGUCCAGCCAGAGUUCAGCAUUUGCAAGCUGCACUCCUGAAAAUCCAGAGGAUCACCAGAGACUCUAUCUGCAGGUCACUGACUUCCUAAAACACCUCUUCUUCACUAAUGCACAGUUUUCCCAGGUAAGCCUUGCCAAAGGAUUUCUUAUAGAAGGAGCAAUGUAUUUCAGAGCAAUAUCAGGAAGGGAUUUUUGUAUUCAAACUUCUGAUCAUAUUGUCCAGAAUGAUUACAAAUAA